UGCAGUCACACUAGCUGCACGUUCUCGCUUUUUAAAAUUGCAUAGCACUGGACAUUAAUAUAAUAAAUAUAGAAACAUAUACUCACUAUAAAUUUAAGAUUAAAGAUAUGGAGUUUAAAGAGAACAGUAUACAGUAUGAGGUCGUUCUACGGGAUCCGCAAUCGGUUUUGCAAAAACAACUCGGCAACGAUUUGAAAGUAAUCGAUUUCAAAACCAAAACUUUUUUGCAAUUAGGUGAUAACUACGGUAGUACAAUUUUAGAUGUUCAGGUUAAAAUUAAACGAAAAAAUGACGCAGAAGAAGAAAAGUUGGAUUUAGUGGCCAAAAUGCUACCGCCCACGGAAUUUCAGAGAAUAUUUUUUGAAACUCAAAUUAGUUUUAAAAAAGAGAUAUUUGUCUAUGAAAAUUUAAUUCCAACUUAUUGUAGUUUAUAUAAUGGGGUUUUUGACAUUACCCCCAAGUUGUAUGGCUCGAGAAUAUCAAUUACAGCUGAUGUCGAUGAAGUGGAAAAUGACGCGGUGAUAUUAAUGGAGAACUUGAAAGUUAAAGGAUAUUGUAUGGAAGAUAGGCAUAAAGGGUUAAGUCUGGCACACAUAAAAAUGACAAUAUUGUCUCUAGCUAAAUUCCAUGCAAUUGGCCUUUCUAUUAAGCAUAAAAAGCGCUCUUACCUUCCUACGUUACAAAGAUAUAUGAAGCCAAUGAUAAUAAUAAAUGAUGUAAUGAAGCCCUUCAUUACCAACGUAUUAGAUGUUAUACAGGCUGAUCCUGAUUUAAAGCAAUAUUAUGAUCGCAUUAAAAGAACCGGAAACUUCGAAAAUAUUUCUGAUACGUAUUAUAAUUCUCUAAAUGUGGAACAUCCAUGGGCUUGCGCAGUGCAUAGUGAUUUAUGGGUAAACAAUGUUUUAUUUUAUCGCAACAAAUUGGAAGGUCAAAACGUUGCGAAAUUCAUUGAUUUUCAAAUGUCAUAUAUAUCCAGUCCAUUGUCGGAUCUCAUCUUCUUUCUUUGCAUUAGUAUGGAAAGAUCAUUAUCCCACAUAGAUGAAAUGAUAGAAUUGUACAGACUACAGAUCAUUGAUAUUUCUAAAGAAUUAGGAUGCGCUGUGGAGCAAUUUUCAAAAGAAAAAUUUGAUGAAAGGUUGAAAAUCGACGCGGCAAAUGAAUUGUAUCAUAUUUUGUUGAUGUUAAAAGUCGUUGAAUUGCCUAAGAAUGAACAAAUUGAAACAAGCUUAUUGAACGAUAAUUGCAUAUUUAGAUUAAAAAAUAUAAUACGAAUAUACACUGACAAAAACUGGAUUUGA